UGGGCCCGGUAGCCGAGGGGAGCGGGCAGGGCGGCUGGGGCUGUCCGCCGCUCUCCUGGCGGUCCUGUCUCGGGCCUGGUGUCCUGGGGGGCCGCCCUGAGGUCUCCGGGGCUGGGGCUGAGCCUUCCUGCGGCUGCUGCCGCCGCGGCCACCGUCUGCCCGAGGAGGCCGUGGGGCCGUCCCGGGCCCGGAGGCGCUGUUACAAACGACAACGUUAAAAUCACGGCUGCAGCCUACCCGGGCUAAAGGCACGUUUCAGUCUGUUCCUGGUGAGUACCUUGCGGCUGCACGCUAACGCCGAGGUCAGCUCCUGCGUGCUGUUCCCUGCAGCGCUGCCUCCCCAUCCACAGGCGUGCCAGGUCUGCCCUGCUUGACCAAGCUGUGGCCUCGGCUGGUCCUGAUCAGUUACCUUUCAGCGUAUCAGCCCCGAGGCUGCCAUGGGUGACUUGUCCCUGCUCUUUAUGGCUGGAACAAACACUGUGGAAGAGCAGAGGGCUCGCUGGGAGAGAAAGCGCAGCCGGACAGCCAAGGAGCUUCUGGAAACUGAACAUAAAUACCUUGAGCAGCUGGAUUUGGUGGUCACAUUCUUUGUGACAAUUUUAAAGGCCAAAGGGACACUGAAACCUACUGUGUUGGAAAUCAUAUUUGGACCCCUGGAAUCUAUAUAUUCAGCGAGCCAAGUUCUGUUGCUUCACCUGGGAAGAGGGAAUUUGGGACCAGGAUUGGAAAAUUUCUGUCAGAAUCUGGAGCUUUAUGGCCACUAUGCAGAGAACUUGGAGCAGGCAAACAAAACCUUGAAGGAGCAGUUGAAGAAAAAUAAAUCAUUCCGACGGUUUAAGAAGCUCCAGGAGACUCGACCUCAGUUUCAAGGGAGGAGUCUAGAAGAUCUGCUUCCCUUGCCCCUGCAGAGGCUGCACCAGUACAAGCAUUUCCUCAGAGACCUGCUGGAGAACACCAACCCAGACAGUGCUGAGCACCAGGGGCUUGCAGAGGCUGUGAAAUCUGUUUCUGAGGUGUCUCGAUGGGUCCAAGACAUCAUUCAUAAGAGAGAGAACUCAUUGCAACUACUUCGGGUUCAGAAACUGCUCAAAGGACAGCAGACUCAGGUUUUGAGUCCAGGGCGCCAGUAUAUCCGAGAGGGCUGGCUUGUGGUGGUGCCUUCAAAGGGAGAAGAACUGAAGCGCAGGAUGUUCUUCCUUUUUUCUGACAUCUUUAUUGCAACAAAGCCCUGCCACCCACUGCACCUGCUGAACUCUAACAAAUUGGUAUGCCAGACUGUCUACCCGCUUCACCAGUGCACAGUGGAUAAAGUGUUUGGCCACACGCAGAGCCAGGGAGGGCUCCUCAGUCUUUCCUUUCCACACAAGACACUGUUGUUGAUGGCCAGCGACCAGGAAGAUAUCAAUGACUGGUAUCGGAGCCUCACAGCUGCCGUCAGGCAGCUGAAAGCCUGACCCAUCUGAGUACAAGACAGACUGGUAGGACAACCACUCUUCUUCGUAGAAGCCUACACAAUCUUAGGAAAUGUGUGAGGAUGUAUAGUAGGAGAAUAGCAUUUAGAGGGACUACACACUGUGUUUUGUGAGGUUAUGAAUGUUUUGUCAGGUGUUUUGAUCUUAAUACAGAUAUUGUGAUAGUAUGCACACUAAAGACUUGUAUAUAAAAAAAUCUGUAUCAAGACUUUUCCUCAACUUAGCUUAGAAACUUCUAGCUUUUUCUACACUCUCCACCCCCCGUUAUUAAUUUAAGGACAAGCAGAAGAGAGCCUGAUUUGCUUUCCCCCAUUAAAUGUUUUUAUCCGAUCAUCUUUAUAUUGUUUAUAUAUAUGUCUCCCUGCUCUUACUUCUGUGUCCUUUGAUCAAAACAGAUGUUUUGGAUAAUGGUAGCAUAGCUAUAAUGCUGUGUUUUCAGCUAGUGCUGCAGGGCCAUAGUCAUCUUCCUCCCUUGAUAUAUUUUUAUCAUUCAUAACCUUGAGUUUUCUACCAAAAUACUUUGACAGUUAUUGUCCCUCCUCCUCUGUGACAGGUGGGCAGAUCAAGGGAAAAUGAUUCAGUGGUUAAAAUCCUACCCCUCUCCUUUUCUCAUCAAUCCCACAGAAAAGUUUAUCUGCUGAACUAUCCAAAAUAAAUUGGGAGGUAACAUAGGCUUAUGCUUAUCGAACAGCAUUCACAUUUCUAAUGUGAAUCCAAAGAGAUUAUGCAGAUCAAACAGCACUCACCUUUGCCUUCAAGGUAUGCAGUAGCCUUAUUGUUUUGAAAUGCUACAGUGAAAAGCUUGGGCAGCACCUGUGCUCCUCACGCACAGUAAAAUCUUCAGAGGGCUACAGUCAGCAUUCUGGGUCAUCACUGGUAAAGUGCUAGGGUUCAGUUUACUAGGAUGAAAGACCAAUUUAAGAAAGAAAUACAGAUAAGGUAUUAUACUUAAGUAUUUUAUUAAAGCCUCAACACAGACUUUAAAUGUGGAAGCUCUGCAGCAAUAGCACUAUGAUUAAUGUCUUUUACUGAGAGGGAAAAUAUCUGUUUGAAUGAGAUGCUAGGUCAACUGCAAAGAGGACAAUUUCAAGGUCAUUAGAAACAUAAAGAUUAAGGUCUGUCUUUUUAGUAGUUUGACUUGGACUUUUUUUUCCUACUUCCUUGAAUAGUACCACACAUCUUUAAUUUCUCACUGGAAUUUGUUAAAGCAGAAGUGGUACUGUGUGAGGUAAGUGUCCUGAAAAGACUUACCAAAUUUUAAGUUCUGUAACGUAACUUGAUUUUUCUUUUUUUGGUGUCUUUCCAUGCAGCUAACUCACUACAUAGGACCACUGGUCUUAAGGUUGUGAAACCUGGGAGAGAGGAAGGAACCCAACAUGUUUGUUGUUGUUCCCCGCCCUGCUCCGUGCCCACCCCCCCCCCCAAAGGUAUAGCUAGGCCUUUCAGGUACUAGCUGUACUUGAAAUCAGCAACAAAGCUAGCAAUUUAAGUUUCUUAUUUCGUGGUAGCUGUAUCGCUCUGAAAAUGUUCUGCUACUAUCCUUUCUGUUCUAAUAGGGCGAUACAGAGAUUUCUUGCAACCCUACACCUGAGGCUGGGCUAUCUACUGAGUUCUUGUUAGAGACCACUAAUAUUCCUGCCCAUAUUUCCUCAUUAUAACACAAGUCCCUUUGGUACUACCUCUUUUAAGACAUAUCCUAGUGCUACCAUCCUAUUUGCAUUCAGCACUUCUGAAACAGCAAAAUUAGUGAUUUUCCACCCUGAAAGGCUGUACAGUGACUUCCAGAUAGCACUGUAGCUCUGUCACAGUGAAGUGGACUUGCUGCCCUAGAGAGUAGGGCUGUUGGACCACAAAUGGUAACAAACUCAGUCUUGGCUGGAAUAAGUUACUAACACAGGUGCACAGGAAUAUACAGAAUAAACAAUGGGAGGUAGAGAUGUGUGCACAUUUGCAGCGCUGUGAUCUUAGUGGCAUCACAGAGACACGGUGGGAUGAGUCCUAUGACUGGAGUGUUGGAAUGAAAGCAUGCAAGCUUUUUAGGAAGGACAAGCAGGGGAAAAGAAGAGGGGGUGUUGCCCUUUAUGUCAGCAACCAGCUGGAGUGCAUGAAGCUACAUCUGGGAAUGGAUAAGGAGCUGACCAAGAGCUUAUGGGUCAGGAUUAAAGGGAGGGCGGGGACAGGUGACUUUAUAGUGGGGUCUGCUACAGGCCACCCAACCAGAAAGACCAAGCAGAUGAGGCCCUUUAUGGGCAGAUAGGUGCUGCCUCACAUUCACAAGCCCUUGUCCUCAUGGGGGACUUCAACCACCCCAGUGUCUGUUAGAGGGACAAUGCAGCAGGGCAUAGGCAAUCCAGGAGCUUCUAGGAAUACUCAAGGGCACCCUUGGCUGCAGUGACCAUGAAAUGGUAGAGUUCAAGAUCCUUAGGGCGGCAGGAAGGGUGCAUAACAAGAUCACUUCCCUGGACUUCAGGACAGCUGUCUUUGGCCUCUUCAGGGAUUUGUUUGAUAGAGCACCAUAGGACAGAGCCCUGGAGGAAAGGGGUGUCCAGGAAAGCUGGUUAAUAUUCAAGGGUCACCUCUUGCAUGCUCAAGAAAAAGUUGGGCAAAAAUGCCAGAAGGCCUGUGUGGAUGAACAAGAUGCUCUGGGUCAAAAUAAAACACAAAAAGGAAGCAUUGGGGUGUGGGAGCAAGGGCAGGUAGUCUGGGAAGAACACAGAGAAACUGUCCUAGCAGUCAGGGAUCAGGUUAAGAAAGCUAAAGCCCCGAUAGAAUUACAUCUGGCCAGGGAUUGUCAAGCACAACAAGGAAAGCUUUUGUAGGUAUAUUGAGUGAGAAAAUGUGGGCCCUCUCUGGAAGGAAACGGGAACCUGGUUACCUGGGACAUGGAGAGGAUUGAGGUACUCCAUGAUUUUUUCACCUCAGUCUUCACCAGCAAGUACUCCAGCUACACUGCCCAAGCCACAGAAGACAAAGGCAGGAACUGGGAUGAUGAAGAACCACUCACUGUAGGAGAUAAGGUCUAAGACCACCUAAGGAACCUGAAGGGGGCGUGUGUGUAAGUCCAUGGGACCUGAUGAGAUGCAUCCAUGGGUCCUGAGGGAACUGGUGAAGUGGUUAAGCCACAGUCCAUCGUAUUUGAGAAGUCAUGGCAGUCCAGUGAGGUUCCCACAGACCGGCAAAGGGGAAAUAAUCCCCCCAUUUUUAAAAAGAUGUCCUGGUUUCAGCUGGGUAAAUUUGCUUAGCAGCUGGCGCAGCGCUGUGUUUUGGAUUUGGUGUGAGAAUAAUGUUGACAGGACACUGAUGUUUGUGGUUGUUGCUGGGUGAUGCUUAUUGUAAAUCAAGGACUUUUCAAUUUCUUGGGCCCUGCUAGCCAGAGGGGUCAUGGGAAUUUGGGAGGGGACACAGCCAGGACAGCUGACUUGAACUAGCUAAAGGCGUAUUCCAUGCUGUGGGAUGCCGUGCUGAAUAUAUGUAAGCUGAGCUAAGAAGAAAGAGGGGGACAUUCAGCAUUAUGGCAUUUGUCUCCCAAGUAACUGUUACGCGUGCUGGAGCCCUGCUCUCCUGGAGGUGGCUGAACAGCUGCCUGCCCAUGGGAAGUGGUGAAUGAAUUCCUUGCUUUGCUUUGCUUGUGUGUGUGGCUUUUGCUUUACCUAUUAAAUUGCUUUUCUC